AGUAGGAUUAACCGAGAUCGCGGUCUGCCUUUGGAAAACAUCCCCCUCCUACCCAUCCAUCUUUCACAUCAGCGCUCUCGUGCCUGCCCCUCGUGCUCACUCUGAACGAAACCGUAACCCUUUGGCUCAUGCCGCGUUCAUGUGCUAGUCGGGACUAGGAAACUGACAUUUUCGACUUGCUAACCGGUUGAACGCGGCACCGGUUAGCAAAUUUGACAUUUCAGAGUUUUCUAAUUCCAACUAGCACAUGAACGAAGCAUUAGUCAUCUCGAGCUUCUGCACACACCGCCCCACCUGCGCCUAGAACGAAGCCUAGAAGCUUCAAGGCACUGAAUCGCAGAGGACUAACGAACGGACGUUAAUCUAAUCGUUAACGGAAGAAACCUGGGCUUUGUCUAAUCUAUGCUAUGUUUGCAUGGGAAAUGUGAAUUAAUCCAACCAUGGAAGGAGUGAAGAAGAACCGAGAGGAACCGGGUGAAUGAACUCCUCUGAUUCCGACAGAGGCGACGUUCAAUCGGCGUGGAUUAUGCGCAUUUGCCGCAGGCUCUACUGUCAUCACUACAGUGUAACCGGAUCUCGACCGGCGACGGAUGGGGUGACUCCCGCCGUGCCGAGGAGGUGGUCCCAGCCUCCGGCCAGGGCCGCCACUCCUGGGGUGGGUCCGCAUCCCUGGUACCGUUAACGGGAGGGCACGUGUCAGGGGGGAAGACGAAAGAGAAAAAAAUGCAGACGGAGGUGCCAGUACCACCGGAGACAGGAGAGGAGACCCUAGAAGAAGACGGAGCAGGGCGAGAGGAGCAACGUCCCCUGCAGCAGUCCCUGGCUGCCUCUCUGUGUCGUGAGUCUUACUGGAAGUGCCUCCUCCUCACUCUUCCCAUGUACGGGUGUUUCACCACGCUGGGUUGGUGUGCCGUCUGCCGGAUCCCAGUUCUGGCCUCCGGGGAACACGUUGUUUUCUCGGCUACGUCCUCCGGCACCUUCCCUGACUUACCUCAACUGCACCUCCAGCACGACAGCCCAUGUUCCAGUGGUUCUGUGUAUAUCCCUCUAGCCUUCCUAUCUAUGCUGUACAUGGUGUAUCUGGUGGAAUGCUGGUACUGUUACUCCAAGACCGCCAUUUUGGCUCACGCAGAGACGGCAGAGGUGUAUGAACGGGUCACAAGGCUCCAGCAGGCUACCCCCUGUAUCUGGUGGAAGGCCAUCAGUUAUCACUACGUCAGACGGACCAGACAGGUGACCAGGUAUCGCAACGGAGACGCUUAUACCACUACACAGGUCUACCAUGAGAGGGUGAACACCCACGCCUCCAGCUCCGAGUUCGACUACGGUCGCCACGGGGUUAAAGAUAUCUCCAAGUUGCUCCAGGGACUUCAAGAGCACCCGGCUGUCAGGCUACGCUUCACCAAGUGUUUCAGUUUCGCCAGUGCCCGUGCGGAGGCUGCAUACCUCACCCAGCGAGCACGCUUCUUUGGAGACAACGAGGGUCUGGACGAUUACAUGGAAGCACGGGAGGGGAUGCACCUAAAGAACGUCGAUUUCAAGGAGCAUAUUCUGGCGUUCCCAGACCAGACCCGGCAACCGUGGUAUUCCCGACACCGGGUCUUCUGGCUAGCCUCAGCGUUCCUCCUAUCCUGGCCGCUCCGGGUCGUGUCUGAGUACCGCACGGCGUAUGUACACUACCAUGUGGAGAAGCUCUUCGGAGAGGAGACGAUCCGAGAGGACGGAGGAGGGGAUGGAGUGACGGAGAACGGAGGAAUGACAGGAGAGAGGAGUGUCAGCGGCGGGUCGAGCUACAGAGCGAUAUCGCGGGUGAACACCGUGGACAUGACUGAGCUGGAGUGGCAUAUUCACUGUAAUCAACAAAUGGUUCCUUCAUAUUCCGAAGCUCUUCUCAUGGACUUGGAGAGAGAGAGUAAUGGAGGAGUUAGUGGAACAGGAGGAACUAACACCACCACCUCCUCCACACCCGGAGCUCCAGGCUCAGACCCCAUCCAGGGGGGCUUCCCAGCCGGCAUGGCCCACCCAGUGGCCUUCUCCACGGCUUACCUCCUCCAGAGCUGUCCCCGGUGCCGGAGAACUAGGUCAAGCUCCAGCCUGCCCGCCAGGCUAAGGGCCCCGACGGGGAAUCAAGCACUGCUGAACGGCACCGUGGCUGGGAUGAGGGCGAACGGCGUAGGGGUUGGGGGAGGAGGAGGUGGGAGGUUAGUGUUGAGUCGUAGUGGGUUCUCUCUAGGGACACGGCCGAGACCGGCGAGUCUAUUUCACUCUCGUAGUAUGGGGGGAGGAGGACGGGGGGAGGACGGAGGAGGGGGGGGGUUUCUGAGGUUAGGGUCCCGGCAGGGUCAGGAUGAUGAGGAGAUGUUAAUCGUACACGGAGAGGAGAGCUGCCACGGUGGAGAUGACGUGAUGGACAGAAUAAUAAACUAA